AUGAAGUUCUUUGCUCUGUGCGCCUUUCUUCUGAUCGCCCUGGCUGCUGUCCAGGCAACUCCCGGCCAAGUUGGUGGACACGGUGGUGGACAAAUUGGACACGGUGGACACGGAGGACAAAUUGGACUCGGUGGUCAUGGAGGAUCAAUUGGUCGUGGUGGACAAUCUGGACAUGGUGGAGUUGGAGGUUCCUUGGGACAUGGCGGUCAUUUGGGCUAAAUACUUAUUAUAAUCCAUCAAGAAGAUAAGCAAUCCUCAACUUGAUGGUUAAAGAAGUAUUUGGUUAACUCAUCAAAUGCAGCAUAAAAUAAAAACUUCGUUUUUGCGAAACCAAA